CAUUUAUAGACUCAUGGCUGUUAUGUCAGAAUCCAAUCAAACAGUUGCUGCUUUGAAUAAUGAGGAAAUCUAGUACUGAAGGAAACAAUGCACUUCAGAAGUGGAUUGUUUAUUCAUUUGGUGACCAUUAUUACUUCAGAAAAGAACUUAAAAUACUGAACCUUCUUACUGUUUAUAAAAGGUUUUCAGUUCAUAAGUUAUGCCAUUUCUAGCCAGAAGCAUUUAUUUUUAAAAUGUGCUUUGUUAUUGUCAUCGCCCUGCAGUUACAUUUUCCUACUGGACAAAUUUGGUAGAAUAACAUGGCAAGGCUUUGGAUUGGCGACACAAGAGGAGUUGUCCUCUCUUCUGUCAUGCACAUCGUUUCUUUUAGAAGAGAAAUGAGUGAUAUCAGCUUUGUGAAAGACAUUGUUGGUGUUGGUAAUUUGUUGGUCUCAGUUAUUUUUAGGCCUUUGACAGUACAUGGAGAAAUUCGGAUCUUCAAUAGACCUCUGUUUUGUUGGAGACCUGCACAUUUUUGUCUGUUGCAGACCAUGGCCAAAGCAAAUAUAAGCAUUUCUAUGUUGCUUUUCGGGAAGGGAAUUAUUGGAAAGGAUUCAAAGGACUUUGAUUGAAAGCCUAAUAUGUGCUCCCUGCUAAAACUUACAAUUUUUGGGUCAAUUACUAGACCCAGCCGCGGUCCGGUUCUGAUCCAGAACCAGACCAGAGCUUGCGGGUUCAGAUCCAGUUCCAGGCCCUCAGUUCUAGAGACCGAAGCUGGCUCGGCCUGCUGGCCACACCUACAACAUCUGUCUGCAAAUGCAAGGUUUCAUAUGGACUUGUAAAGCACAGUGGCUGAGUCUCGGAAGAUAUGCAAAUCAGACAGAAUUUUAGAACUUUCGAGCACAUCCCCCGACAAGCACCCAAGUUUUUGGCAAUGCCAAAGGAUGCCAAAUCUAGCAGCAAGGACCUGGAUUCAGGACAUCACUAUGUAGCACCCAAUUUUUUGGCAAUGCUAUAAAGCCAAGUCUAAAUAGAUUUCAAGGACCUGGAUUAUGGACAUCACUCAGAAGUUUAUUGACAAAAUUAACUGCAGAAGAAAGUUGGCUAAGAUCUUUAUUAAUAAAAUCCCUAUUUUAAGAAAAGGGACUCGUUACCAAUAAGAAUGGCCAACAAUAACCUCAAGAUUUUUUUUUAAAAUACAAGUUUCAUUGGAGGUUGGUAGCCCAUUAUUUUGUCUAGCAAAGAACAUGGGCUGUU